AUGGGAGAUCCGAAGGAUGAUACUCGUUAUAUUAGCAAUAGCCAAUCGUUCCUUGAAAGAAGUGCGGAAUGGGAAACUAUUAGUUCCAAGCUGACAAUGCUCUGGAAAGCUCUGACCAUAAGUGGUUCCGAUUGGAAUAAAAUUUAAAUACGAAAUAAGGAGUGUAUCUAUUUACACGAAACUCUGGAAAAUAUUAGGUUCUCUAAUGUCUCAUGAACAGCAAAGAAUUCUGGUCGAUAUUCUGAUCAAGGCGGUGGCUGAAAAUCAAAAACCGAUGUUUCAGACUGCGGAAAAUAUCUGAUCUUAUCCAUAAGUCCAACCGUUCGGAACAAUAUGCUGUACUAUGCUGAAUCAGGAUCGGAAGAGAAAACAGUUUUCCGACUUAAACUUAAGCCCGUUGUAGAUAAAUUCGAUGCCAACUCCGAUUACAUAAUCAACGAGGGAUCGGAUUUGUACGUCCACACAAACAAUGCAUCUGAUUACCGGGUGAUUGUGAUAAUACCCAAGCAUGAGAAAUAUAUUUUGGAGAGGUCCAAGUGCGUCGAUGGAAAUAAAUUAGUCGUUUGCUACAUUUGUGAUGUUCUUGAAGCUCGCGGUCAAACAGGAAUGCUCAUUCGACAAUUUGGCCUGGAUAUAGGCUAAAAUGGAUUUUCAGGAAAGAAAAGUAGUCAGGAAAUCUUUUACUGUUUCUCUUGGUUCUUAUCGUUCUUAUUUUAAUCACAAGAAGUGAUAGCCGAGGUUGCUACAAUUGAGCAGGUGUUUUAUAAAAGCACAGAUGACACCUACUUAUGUUUAUCAUAGAGAGAAAGAUGAAUAUUGCGGAUGAAGUUUGCAUAUGGUUUUAACUACAGUCUGAUGCCAUCCUUCGGCAAAAUAGGUCUGAUUUUUAUGGAUACAUUUGCUGUAGUUUUGGCUUGUGGCAUAGAUUGGCACGAUGGUGGCAGAAUGUUAAACAAACACAAUGUUUUUAAUGAUUAAGCCGCCGCUGAGUUUUUGAUCAAAAUAACUAUACCAUGUGCCAAAAAGGGCGCCUCGAAUGGUGGACAUUUGGUGCGUCCAGAACUUUUCGGAGCAGCAGUUGCCCAAGUUGGAGUAAUGGAUAUGUUGCGGUUUCAUAAGUUUACUAUCGGACAUGCCUGGAGUUCCGAUUAUGGCAAUCCCGAUGCAAAUCUCAUUAAAUUCUCCCCUCUUCACAAUGCUCAUAUUCUUCUGAAUGCAAAUCAGGAGUACCCAUCGACAUUAAUCCUGGCAGCCGAUGACGCCUUUAAAUUUUUUGCUGCUCUUCAGGAAGGCUCGGACUAUCCCCUUAAUCCACUAUUACUAAGUUACUGGAAAGCCAGCUAA